AGUAUUUGUAAAAUAAUAUGAUAGAGAAAUUUAUUCGUUUCAUCUCAGACCAAACUCGACAAACAAAAAUUUUAAAUUGUCUGUGAAAAAUUGUGCAAAUAAAUAAAUAUCAAUGGGACAGAGAGUUUUUCCCGAGUGGCAAUGGCAGAAAGAAAAUCGUGAAUCGAAAUUUUAAUAAGCCCACAUUUGACAAACAAAGAUAUAAAAUCUCUGCAAAAAGUUAUAACUGCGAGAAGCGGGGGCUCUCAAUGCAAUGCACUGCUUAGCGAAAAGGGUGUGUGUAAGUGUGCGUGUAUGAGUGCGCACACGCAUUCUCUACAAAAGCAAUAGAGCGAUAAAGAAAUGCACGAAAGUGAAUUAAGAAAUAAAAAGUAGCAACUAAAAGUUACAGCAGCAUUUAUUUUACACAAUUUUCUAUGUGAAACUAAAUUAAAAUUAAUAAAAUAUCAACGAAUUUUAUUGUAAAAAAAUCAGUUAAGUGAUUGAAAUAAAUAAAACGCAAACGUAUUAGUACAAAAGCAAAGGUUGGAAAAGUGAAAGGAACGAGCACCAGUAGAGCAAUAGCAGUACGCAAAAAAGUGGAUUUGGAAAACAACAAAAGAUUGUGCAGCGGCGGAGCUGAGUGUGUAGUGCAGUAAGAUGGCGACUGGAAGGCCCAUUAAAUGUGUCGUCGUUGGCGAUGGCACCGUCGGCAAGACAUGCAUGUUAAUCUCAUAUACAACAGACAGUUUUCCGGGUGAAUAUGUGCCUACAGUAUUCGACAACUACUCUGCGCCAAUGACUGUGGACACAAUACAAGUAUCGCUUGGUUUGUGGGAUACAGCGGGUCAGGAAGAUUACGAUCGCCUGCGUCCACUAUCAUAUCCACAAACCGAUGUGUUUCUCAUAUGUUUCAGCGUGGCCAGUCCAUCCUCAUUCGAAAAUGUCACAUCGAAAUGGUAUCCUGAAAUCAAGCAUCACUGCCCCGAUGCACCGAUUAUAUUAGUCGGCACCAAGAUAGAUUUACGCGAUGAUCGCGAAACACUCAGCCUGCUGGCCGAACAAGGUUUGGCACCGUUAAAACGAGAGCAGGGACAAAAAUUGGCGAAUAAAAUACGCGCCGUUAAAUAUAUGGAAUGCUCGGCACUAACGCAACGUGGGCUCAAACAGGUCUUCGAAGAAGCAGUGAGAGCUGUGCUCAGGCCAGAGCCACAAAAACGGCGUCAACGAAAGUGUAUAGUUAUACGGAAGGGUUUUGGAUGUACCGCUUGUCCUUGUUUCUUCUUUGGUCCAGCACUUUUGGGACGUUUCUGUUCCGCAUUGAGCGAUGGCAUUGAAACUGAGAGCACUAAACACUCAGCGGGCAGCGACAUUGAUGAGGUUAUUGUAGUAGCACGUUGUACCUUUUGCACCUUCCAGUGCUGUAUGUGAAGUUUGGAUUUAGAAGAAAGUUGGAGAGAGAAGUGGAAAAUCUUUUGUUCUGAAAAUCCAAUAAUCGCCCAAUACAAAUUAAGUGUAAAUCUGUUUUCAUGUUGCGAAGGACCAAGGCGCAUGUGUGAGACGUGUGAGAAAUGAUAAUUUCAUUAAUAUACAUUCUAAUGGCAAAAUUAUUUUUUUAAAUAAUAUUCAUACACUUUGCCCUA